AUGUUUAGCAUCGCAAUUCUUUCGCUCGCCACUCUUUUCUCUCAGCAUGCCUCCGGUGCACCAUACCCGCAACCAAAUUCAACGUUCCUGGAAAACCAUACAAUCUGUAACUCGACCGCUCAUCUUUGUGAAGGCGAUCUCACUGCUGCAAACCCUCCUCCCCUCAACUCGACUGAAUAUGUAUGCCACGAAGUUUACCCAGCCGAUCUCACUGUCCUCAACGCGCGCUAUCCCGACUACGAUAUCGACCACCUACAUCAAGCCAAGCAAUUCUUCAUGCUACGCCGCCAACUCAAGGAUGCUGGUGAGAUCGCUACGCGAGUACAGUUUCAGGGCCUACCCGACAGCACAUCGAACUACACCUGCCGUCUAGAAUUUGUGCUCCCACGCCUCGAGCUCCAAAAGAUCUCCGGUCCAAACCCAAGCUUCAACAUAUACCAAGUCGCACGAGAAGCUGGUGCGAUCGCUACAUGGAACACAUAUGAAGAAGAGAAGGAUGCCUUGUUAUUCGGUACGGUCAAUGGUCAAAGCCAAGCGCUAGAGAGAACAAGGAGUGUCGGCGGCGUCGCCGCCAUCAAUGCGACAGCAUGCAAUCAGACAUUGUCAUUCCAGAUGGCCAUGAUGUAUGACAGUCCGUCCGCGCCGAACUACUGGGAAUUCUCCAAUGUUGCACCUCCUGCGUUCCCGGUGCAGGGCUUCAGGAUCGUAUACGGAUGUUGA